GGCGAGUUACCUAAGCGUUUCUCGGAGGCGAAGGACCGUAAGGUGGUGUAACGGUCUCUUCCAGGGUCUUUCCUUCAGCGCCCUUCCCCUGGUCUCAACACCUUGCUUCUGAGGCCUCCCAUUUAAAAACCCCCGUCUGCCUUCCCUUCGCCUAGACUAGAGCGAGUCUGGCUGGACUUUGCCCCCGAAAGUUUCCUCUUUGGCGAGAAGGAGGGCAGGGGAGGAGGAGAUCCUAACUCUGGUACUAUAUUAUAUGGCAACAGGAGGAUGCCAGACGGGAUAGCGAGCAAUCUGGGGGUUGCUGUCUAAAAGGGGGUUGGGCAAUACAUUCCUGCAAUGCAGGGGGUUGGACUAGAUGACCCUGGUGGUCCCUUCCAAUACUAUGGUUCUAUGAUUAUCUUCAGGGUGUACAAACACCUCUUCUGGUGACUGCACAUUAGUGAACCGGUUUAAUGAAAACAGAUAAUGCAAGAGUUCUGUUUUUAAUUGGAUUGUGCAGCCUUACGUGGACCUAUUAGGUGGCAGAAGUUAAAAACAAAACAUGUUUAGUGUGCUAAAAAAAAAAAAGUGCUUGCCAAGUGAGCCUAGAGAAGUCUACCGCUGCUGCUGGUGGUAUAAUAUACAGUUCUGAGUUGUUUUUUCUGCAAACAGCCUGAAUGGCUUUCCUGACAAUCAUUUGAGGAUGAGGGUUGUCCCAGUUACAUUUAGCCAUUUCCAUUAUAUUGUCCUCUGUAUAUAUUGCAAUAUAAUAUUAAACCAGAUUGACACACUAUAUGCCCUGUUCAUGUUUUUAAAACUUUGUUCACAGAAAAUGGCAGACGUUCAAGGGAAUCCCAAGCAGCAGUUGAUUACUGAGCUUCACAAUUUUGCUGCUGUUGGAGACAAGGCCAGGCUUACAACAUUGCUCAGUCAUUCUCCCUCGCUUAUCAAUGAAACUGGGAAGAAUGGUUGGACAGCCCUGAUGUAUGCAACUAGAAAUGGGCACUUUGAGACCGUGCAGGCUCUGCUUGAAAAGGGGUGUGACAAGUCCAUGACCAAUGCAUCCAACCAGACAGCACUCGACAUUGCUAAAUUUUGGGGCUACAAGAAUAUAGCUAACUUAUUAGCUAAUGUGAAGAGUGGACUGGAGCCAUUUUUCCUGACCAGUGAAAGUGGAGAGCGCAAUAUCUAUUUUUGCAGGACUUUUCUCGAUAGGAAGAGUGAGAAGAGAACAGAGGCUAAAUGGUUGAACAUAAAACAGAAGCAGACAACUACUGUAUACAUCCUUUUUUCAAAUUUAAGUCCAUUAGUUGCAUCAGAUGAUGGUGAAGAUACCUCCCAGUCUCCAAAAGUUAAACUCUAUAAGCUUUCUUAUAAGGAUGUAAAGGAAUACCUGGAGCAGCCAGAAACCACCACGUUGAUUUUUCUUGGAGUAGAACUUCAGGUGAAAGGCAGCUUGCCUCCUAUUCCGAAGGGGAAAGAGGCAAGCAAAGGUGAAGACGAUAGUUUGGUCGCUUGGUUUGCACUCAGUAUAGAUGCUACUGCUGCGGAUAGAUUUAUACAGAAGCAUCAAGGGUGUUAUUUCCUUCAUCCGCCUAUGCCUUCCUUGCUGCAAUUGUCUGAAAAUGAAGCUGGAGUCAUCGCCCAGGCUAGAUCUGUCCUGGCAUGGGAUAGCCGGUAUCAGUUCUGCCCAACAUGCGGCAGCGCAACCAAAUUAGAAGAUGGGGGCUACAGGAAAUCCUGCUUAAAGGAAGACUGCCUCAGCCAUCAGGGCAUUCACAACACAUGCUACCCACGAGUCGAUCCCGUAGUGAUAAUGCAAGUGAUUCAUCCAGAUGGUAACCACUGCCUUUUGGGAAGAAAAAAAAGAUUUCCUUCAGGCAUGUUUACUUGCCUUGCUGGAUUUAUAGAGCCUGGUGAGACAAUUGAAAAUGCUGUUCGAAGAGAAGUACAGGAGGAAAGUGGAGUUAAAGUGGGCCAUGUUCAGUAUGUCUCUUGUCAACCAUGGCCAAUGCCCUCGUCUCUAAUGAUUGGCUGCAUAGCGGCGGCAGUGUCUACAGAAAUUAAAGUUGACAACAUUGAAAUAGAAGAUGCCCGCUGGUUCAGUAGAGAAGAGGUUUUGGAAAUUCUGAACAAAAGGAACCAGAGUGCUUUCUUUGUGCCACCACAUCAAGCCAUUGCACACCAGUUGAUAAAGCACUGGAUUGGAAUGAACGCUAAUCUUUAAAUCCAGCAAGCUGAUUUAUCUGUCUUGUAUCACUGCUGUAGCUGCUACUAUGUUGGAAUUAAGCUAGGUGUAAUUAAUCAUUCAGCAUCGCAUGUGACCAUUUUAGGGAUUUUGCAGUAUAGUUGUGCAUGUGUACUUUCUUUGAGUGCAGAGGUCAUUGCUCCCUGGUAGAACAUGUUAGGAUUGCAACCUCAGUCUUUUAGUCUCCAGAACAUAUUUGUGCAUACGGUUCAUUUCUCAAAUCGCUCAAGGUCUAAUGUUGCCUAAAGUCGGGGAUGAGAUGUAACUUCCCACCUGAAAGUUGCAUUCACUUCCAACUGGUUACUCUCGAUUUUACAGAGUUUACUUACACCUCUCUGAUUUUAGCUUUCCGGGGCUGUUGCUUCGGGCUAGGAUACACUUACAGCCUAAAUCAUUCUACCUAAAGGCAUUCAGCCAUUUUUCAAAACCAGAGCAGAAGAAAAUAAGCUUUCUCUGGGCUGAAAAAAAAGGAUUGCAAAGAGAUAAUGCUUUUGUGUAUUGGAGCAGGCUCUUGAGCCUAUACCUAUAUUUCAGGGACUUUUUUGCUUCACAGGAGAGCCAUUAGGAUAGAAGAAGACUGGGAGGGAUAUCUACUAGAAGCGGGUAUUCUAAGGCCUCUGUAUCCCUCAGCCACAGGCUGCUGCAAAAGCCACUUUUAAGUAAUUGGAAGACAUAGCCUUAUGAUUUUUCCACUUAAAUAUAAACCUCUUCAUUACUAUGAUAGACCCAGAUGAAACAGUUAUCCUGCUGUACUUUGGUUGCCUCAUUUGCACAAAUGGUAUACCAAAUCCAAUAUGGACAGUAAGUAAGGUUGGCAUUUGAGUAAGUGAGGCUAUACAUUGUGCUUAUGCCGCACUCAAUUUCUUUUAUCUGUAGUUUGCCACAAAAGUAUUUGCUGCUGGUGUUUUAUUGUGAUUCAGUCUUAUUAAAUAUCUUUUGCCUAAGAUGUUGCUUACAUUUGCCCUAACGCAAGGGGGGGGGAACCCUGGCCUUCUCUUUCUCUCCCCCCUCAGUCUGUUAAAACACGUGAAGGAAAAGAGGAGGUGGGUGCCAAUAGGCUGAUUAAAGGUAGGCCAUUCUUGAAGCUCCAUGGAAUUAAAUAUACUAAUCAGAUUCUGAGCUUAUGGGCCAAAAAUAGCAAUGGAAAGAAGUAGACCAGGCCAGUGACACUUAACAAGACUGUCUCAUCUCUUCGCUUUGUUUGGAUGCCAAUUUUUGUUUUAACCUCCUUGCAAAACUAGGGAGACUUUAUAUAGAAUUUGCUCAGGUAAGUUGCUUUUCUUCUUCUUGCUACACCACUGACAAUAAACUGUAUGCUUUUUCGCCCUCACCAGUCAGAAGGCUAGAGGAAUUCACUUGUGCUGUUAUUACUGACCCAAGUUUGACAGUAAAAAGGGGGGAUAUGUAAAAGGAGAGGAGAAGAGACAGUGGGGAAAGGGGGUUGAAUGAUAAACCCCAUUAAGUUUCCUAGUAGAUCCACAUAGUAACCUUCUUAAUGCAACUACUGAAUCAUAACUUGGUGGUAGAGCAUUUGCCUUGUAGCUCUGCCGCCUGCUUUAGCAAAUGGGAAUCAUUCAUAUCUAAGGAAAAUAUGUAGCUCCUAGUCUCUGUGUAAGAAUUUCUUUUUGCAUAUCACUAGCCAAAUGUCAGCCAGAUCUGAUGUGACAAUAUAAUUCUGUUAAUUCACCAUGUUUGCUCCUAUGAAAUGCAAACAUUGUCUAAUUUUCCACGAUGAGAAAAUCAUCUCCUGUUAGCCAUGAAGAAAAUUGCUUUUGAACAAAAAACUUGCAAUUGUAAAGUAGCACAUUUACAUGGAAGUAAGUCCA